UUCAAACUUUUCCACCUCCUCCCUCCCUCCGCCCUCUCUCUCUUUCUCACACACAAACACACACGCAUAGAGUAACUCACCGACGCUCAGGAGGGCCACGGCCAUCCGCAAGAUGGUCCAGAACCAAGCCAUCGUCUUCGGGAACGUUGGGCCGUCGCUCGGUGUGUGUCCGGUACCUGGUCGGAUUGCGAGAGCGUCAUGGACGCGAAUUGAGCAGUCCAGAUGUUUUUCAUCCAGAUGUGGGUAAUAAGCCCCGCCUACCGCUCUUUCCGCUUCUCCGCCUGUGACGCCAUCGCCGGCCGAUAAAACACGAGCGAGAACUAUUGGGUCAGCACAUCCUUGUCACUUCAUUGAGAACACCCUCCAAUCUGACGUGUUAUCUUAGACUUGUAAAAGUUUAUGCUCCUCCUUUGUGAUUAGUCGAUCGCUGACUCCUCCCCCCCACCAGGACUUUGCUGCGCUUGUCACAUGACCGCACAUGACUUUCGGGUGAGAGACAGCUGGACUUGACCGUCAGUGGACAAGAUGAAGAACAGGAGACUGCUACUGGUGUCCAACUCCACCCUGCACGGCAGCGGUUACCUGGACCACUGUCAAGAGCACAUCGCGCGCUUCCUGGGCAGAGAUGUGAAGAGGGUCCUGUUUGUCCCGUAUGCGCUUCACGACCGAGACGCCUACGCAGAGACAGCCAGAAACAAGUUGAAAACUCUGGGUUACGAACUCGACAGCAUCCACGACGCCCCAGACCCUAUCGCUGCCGUCAACAAGGCGGAAGCCAUUUUUAUUGGAGGAGGCAACACUUUCCGGCUGCUGAAAUGUCUCUACGACAACAAUCUUCUGACAGAGAUCCGGAGAAGGGUUCUGGAGGACGGUGUGCCGUACAUGGGCUCCAGCGCUGGCACCAAUGUGGCCACAGUCAGCAUCAGCACCACCAACGACAUGCCCAUCGUCUUUCCGCCUUCUUUCACCGCCAUCGGCCUUGUCCCCUUCAACAUCAAUCCGCACUUCCUGGAUGCCGACCCCAACAGUCGCCACAUGGGGGAGACCAGAGAACAGCGGAUCAGUCAGUACCAUGAAGAGCCGGACACGCCAUCGGUUCUGGGUCUUUGUGAAGGUUCCAUGCUGCUGGUGGAGGGACGGCGAGCCACUCUGUUAGGAAGCACCAGGGCACGACUCUUUGCCAGGGGACGGCCUGCGGUCGAGUACGAGCCAGGAAGUGAUCUCAGCUUCCUGCUGACGGAGCCUUGACCAUGAAGCUACGCAUGAUCUCAUGUUUUUUUUCCAAAUUAAACAGAUAAAAGGUGUCACUGAUGUUUGUUUUUCUUGAGCCCCUCCUGGCGUCCUGCAGACACAAACACUUUUUUGAACUUGCUAUGUGAGGCUGCCCCCUGCUGGUCAGGAGUGUUUGCACACAAAGUCCUUCGUGGUGUCGAUGCCUCACACAAACGUGUUGAGAAAGUUUAUUUUCAUUGAAAAGGUGAAAUCACAAAAGCGUGAAAGAAUACAUCAUAACACACGAACGCCAUUUUUAGUACUUCGUUGGUCAAAGUGGACACCGUACUGCGACAACUUGUCCACUUUUGACUUUUUCUGGCGAGAGCAGACUGUUACCUCCGCCAUGACUCAGUGCGCUAGCUACACAUUAGCCUAUGUCACAGGAAGUAGAUCGUUGGGUAGGUGCUUACAUGUAGUUACUAGGCAGGGGAACCCCCGGUAAACAACGCAGAAUGAUGAUUAAUCAAUUAAAAAUAUUGUUCAGAAUGGAAACCCAAUAUGGGUUUUUAGAUUUACAGAAUUGGAAAAGAAAAGAUUCAUUAGCAAUCGUACAAAAUUAGAAUCAUGUCUGCAAUCUGAGAUAUAAAAUUUUAAAAAAUACAUCACGGCAAGGAAAAGCACCACAGCCCUGCACCUCUAAGUCACCUUUAGUUUACUUGGCAUUAGUUGAUUUGCUGACUUCAGCGCUAAUCCUAGCAUUGCAUGCGACUGUUGUAUUCGAGCAUGAUAUAGCAACCUUUGUAAUCUGUUAAUGAAGCUCAAACUUUAGCCUCAGUAGCUAGUUAGCCAGGGCCAGGUUACACUACACGUCUGGAUUUUUAUAAACAGAAUACAUCUUUAAAAAAAAAAAAAAAAAAAAAAAAAAAAA